CCUGAAGUCUCCUCUUUGGAGGCAGGAAUGUAAAUCCAGAGGGAUUAGUGGGAGCGCAAUGGGCUGUGAAGCCUUCAGCGGCUCUCCAAGGGGUCUGGCUCACUGCGUAAAGUUAGGAAACAGGGUCCGGACACGCUGCGCACUGAUCUCUGUGCGCGUCACCUCUGCGGGACACUUGACCACGAUUUCAGAUAUUUUGAAUAGCMCUACCAACGCGRGUCACUGACACAUGAAAGUAGAGGAGUUUGGCGGGUGCUAAGUGUUACUUCAGCAGAUCAUCUGUCCCGCAGCGCGAAGAGGGACAUGGGUCAAAUUAAUGGUGCGACUCUUCUACCGUUUGGGGCUAUCUGUGCUGUUUUCCUGUGGGAAUCUGGGGCCAGCUCUAUCAGGACGACGAUUUCAGUGGAUACGUCAAGGUUGAAGUGUCCAGAUAAUAAAAUCUUGACCGUGGAGUAUCCCUGUGUCAGAGCUGAAGGGAAGAACGGCACUUGUUUCAGGAGGAAGUGCUGUGAUGGAUUCAGGUUUGUGAUGGGCCAGUGCAUACCUGAAAGUGUGGAUGUCUGCGCCGCGUCACCCUGCGAGCAGCAGUGCACAGACAACUUUGGUCGAGUCGUCUGCACAUGUUACCCAGGUUAUCGCUUYGACAGGGAGAGACACCGCACCCACAAGUCUCCCUACUGCAUGGACAUCAAUGAGUGUGAGGUCUCUGGUAAAAGUCUAUGUGACCAUGAAUGUGUGAACACAGUUGGGAGCUUUCUGUGCCGCUGUCACACCGGUUACAUCCUGGCAUCAGACCAGCGGUCCUGUAUCCUAGUGCACAACUUGAGUUCUUCGGGAAAGUCCGACACCUUGAUGAGUGCUGGUUCCUGCUCGUUCACGUGCCAAGAUUUCAUGAACAUGAAAAGCAGCCUGUUCCAACUCAAGCUGCGGCUGGGAAACACACAGUCGCACAACCAGGUAUCUGGACUGGCAAACAACAACAAGCCGAUUCGAGCAGGAAAAAGUACGGACAGCCCCUGUCUUCCUGGAUUACCUGGCCCUCCAGGUGCUCCUGGUCUCCCAGGGCACCCAGGRGAACCAGGAAGCAAUGGGGAUCCAGGGGAAAGAGGUCCACCUGGUCCAAGGGGUCCACGAGGAGACAUGGGGCCCAUGGGACCAGAACCUGAUCUCAGGCACAUAAAGAGGGGCCGCAGGGGACCAAUGGGACCGCCCGGGGCUCCAGGAAGAGAYGGAUUAAAGGGUGACAGAGGAGCUCCGGGAUCCAGUGGACCCCCUGGACCACCUGGCUCCUUCGACUUCCUUUUGCUAGUGAUGGCUGACAUCCGCAAUGACAUCAUUGAGCUCCAGGAGAAGGUGUUUGGCGAGCGGAGGGGAAUAUCCCUAGACAGUCCUCCUCAUUCCAGCGGGGAGGAGGAUUUUGUUGAAUGGUCCUCUGGACAAGGAGAUCUCAAAACCUGAGCCUUUCACAGCCAGCUUAGAGAUCGUCAUUCAUGCGCUCGAGGCCAGAGAACYAAACACGGUGCCUACCUUUUAAUUUUGUUCAGAACCACCCCACCCCAUCAGCAACCUCCCAGGAAACGAACAUGUCACUGUGUGGAGCAAUGAGUCUUGUUGGAACUCUGACAGCACUUCAAACUGUGCCAAUUAGAGAUAGCAGACAUUUAAAAUCUCUCUCUCUCUCAAACUGCUGCCAACACAGUUUUGCUGCCUUUCAUUUCUGUGGGUGUGUAUGAAGCCUGUGCGUGCAGGACAUCGUGUGAGAAAGAUACAAUAUGAGCCCGCCUGUCUGAGCCUCUGAGGUCUGCCUUUGAGCUGAACCACUUCAAACUAUGAAUUUUAUCGUCUGCAUCUCUUCCUCUUCCUGUGUCCGUCCAUGGAAGCUCUGCUUUGCCACUGAUGACUUGCCUGCAGGGACAUCGGUUACAAAAAAAGAAAAACAAAUUACAACCUUGGAUCUGCACGGUUUGCCUUUUCUGCACCUGCAGUGUCCAGCGCGGAGGUUUGACCUUUGCAGCCGUUCUCUGAGGCAAACUCAGGAAAUAUUUCAUGAGAUUCAUGAGCAUURUGUUGUUGUAAUUGUACAAUCAUCAAUUGGGGCUUCAUUUUUCAUUAGAAAAAAAAAACUAUGCAAGUAAAAACUGGUGGCAUCUGUUGCUUUAACAUUAUGAUGCAGGAAUUAAAUACAAAAUAUGGUUACUCACAUUUUUAUACGUAAAUAAUAUAACAUAAUUGAUAUUUAAAAUAUACUUUUAUACCCAGUAUUUUAUUUUAAAUUGUAUUGUUUAUGUAAACAAGUUGGUGACUGCACAUGUUGUCUCCUAGAUAUAAUCAAAAGCUGG